UUAUCAUUAUUUAUCCAUUAUAAAAAUAUCUGGCUGGGUACCCAAAUUAAUGGAAAGUGAAUCAAUCAGCAUCUUCAACGUGGCCCAAUAAGUCCCACUCAAUUGGCUUCUUCUACUUUCCUACAUAUCUCAUUCCGUCAACACUUCGCCGAUCACUUUUUCCUCCUGUCUACAAUGGGGGAAAUUUCCGUUCUUUCAUUCCUUUUAAUAAUCUCUUUCUGCCUCACUCCAUUGACCCUCUCCAUCCAAUCCAACGAUCACGAAACCUUCAUAAUCCACGUUUCCAAAUCAGACAAACCCCAUGUUUUCACCACCCACCACCAUUGGUACUCCUCAAUUAUCCGAUCCGUUUCUCCACUCUCUCAACACCCUUCUAAUAUCCUCUACACCUACGAACGCGCUGCGGUGGGCUUCUCCGCCCGCCUCAGCGCCGCGCAGGCUGAUCAGCUCCGCCGUAUUCCCGGCGUAAUCUCUGUCCUUCCUGACCAAGUCAACCAUCUCCACACCACACAUACUCCUACCUUCUUGGGACUUGCUGAUACCUUUGGCCUAUGGCCCAACUCCGACUAUGCUGACGACGUCAUUGUUGGAGUUCUGGACACAGGAAUCUGGCCGGAAAGACUGAGUUUUUCCGACGAGGAUCUCUCUCCAGUUCCUCCAAGUUGGAAAGGGAAAUGCGUGACUGGACCAGAUUUUCCUGAAACUUCAUGCAAUCGGAAAAUAAUAGGUGCUCAAAUGUUUUACAAAGGGUAUGAAGCUAAACACGGCCCAAUGAAUGAAACAAAAGAAUCGAAAUCACCAAGAGAUACUGAAGGACAUGGAACACAUACAGCAUCCACUGCAGCUGGUUCAUUAGUAUCAAAUGCUAGUUUUUACCAAUAUGCAAAAGGUGAAGCUAGAGGAAUGGCUAUAAAAGCAAGAAUAGCUGCUUACAAGAUUUGCUGGAAAAAUGGCUGUUUUAAUUCUGAUAUACUGGCUGCAAUGGAUCAAGCUGUUGAUGAUGGUGUGCAUGUUAUUUCACUUUCUGUCGGUGCUAACGGAUAUGCUCCACAUUACCUCUAUGACUCCAUUGCCAUUGGAGCUUUUGGUGCAACCCAACAUGGCAUCCUCGUCUCAUGCUCAGCUGGAAAUUCGGGUCCUGGUGCUUAUACAGCAGUGAACAUUGCCCCGUGGAUACUCACUGUUGGUGCAUCAACAAUAGAUAGAGAGUUUCCAGCAGAUGUUAUUCUAGGAGAUAAUAGAAUAUUUGGUGGCGUUUCCUUGUACUCUGGCGAUCCCUUGAACGAAACCAAAUUGCCAGUGGUUUAUUCCGGGGAAUGUGGUAGCAAAUACUGUUAUCCAGGAAAGUUGGACGCGAAAAAAGUCGCUGGCAAAAUUGUUCUGUGUGACCGUGGAGGCAAUGCUAGAGUCGAGAAAGGAAGUGCGGUGAAGCUGGCAGGCGGGGUCGGGAUGAUACUUGCUAAUUUGGCUGAUUCUGGUGAAGAACUUGUUGCAGAUUCACAUCUUCUCCCCGCGACGAUGGUUGGUCAAAAAGCAGGAGAUAAGAUAAGAAAAUAUGUUAAGUCUGAUCGAUCACCAACGGCUACGAUUGUGUUUAGAGGAACAGUUAUUGGGACAUCUCCGGCAGCGCCACGUGUAGCAGCGUUCUCCAGCCGUGGACCGAAUCAUUUGACACCGGAGAUUCUUAAACCCGAUGUUAUUGCACCGGGUGUCAACAUUUUAGCGGGUUGGACAGGAGCUAAUGGGCCAGCUGAUUUGGACAUUGACCUGAGAAGAGUGGAAUUCAAUAUUAUUUCUGGAACUUCCAUGUCGUGUCCUCAUGUUAGUGGAUUAGCUGCUUUACUUAGAGGGGCCCACUCUAAGUGGACCCCAGCAGCUAUAAAGUCAGCACUCAUGACAACAGCUUACAAUUUGGACAACUCUGGUAAGGUAUUUAGUGAUCUUGCCACUGGAAAAGAAUCUACUCAUUUCGUUCAUGGAUCCGGGCAUGUCGACCCGAACCGAGCACUGGAUCCGGGUUUGGUUUAUGAUAUUGAGACCAGCGAUUAUGUGAAUUUCCUAUGCAGCAUUGGCUAUGAUGGCGACGAUGUUGCUGUGUUCGUGAGAGAUUCUUCGAGGGUGAAUUGCAGUCAACGGAGUUUGGAUACUCCGGGAGACCUGAAUUACCCGUCAUUCUCCGUUGUUUUUAACGGUGAAAGUAACGGUGUGGUUAAAUACAAGCGUGUGGUGAAAAAUGUAGGCAAAAAUACAGAUGCUGUGUAUGAAGUGAAGGUGAACGCACCUCCAUCUGUGGAGGUGAGCGUGUCACCAUCGAAGCUUGUUUUCAGUGAGGAAAAGAAUAGUUUGUCGUAUGAGAUUAGCUUUAAGAGUAAGAGCAGUGGUGGACUGGAGAUAUCGAAAGGGAUUGGAUCUGCAUUUGGUUCGAUUGAGUGGAGUGAUGGGAUUCACAGUGUGAGGAGCCCAAUUGCGGUGCGCUGGCAUCUUCACUCUGCUGCAUCCAUGUGAGUAAUGGAUGUUGUUGGAUCACCGUGACAAUGUAGCUGAGGAUUAUGCUUUACUGAAGAACAAUAAAUUGGAAUGAUGGCAAACUGGAAGGGAAAUACCAUCCGAGGACCAUUGAAGUUCCAGUUAAUUUCACUUUCUUUCCCUUUUUUCUUGUUUCAGAUGUUUUUCAGAUUGAUGUACAUAUGAAUGAAGAUUGUUACACAGUAAUUAACAAGCUUGGUGCUUGACUUCAUGAAGUUAAAUAAAUAGAUCAGCUAUACGCGA